ACGCACCACCUUUUACUUCUUCGUCAUUUCCAUUUGGGUCCAUUUCUUUGUCAACAUUAAGCCCUCUAAAAUUCAGCUUCACUUAAAAAAAAAAUUAAAUUAAAACAAUAUUAUAUUCGCAUCCCUCGUUUUCCCUUUCUCUAACCAAAGCAAAAAAAUAUAAACCAAAAAACUCUUCUCCCAAAUCCAAUCUAAACUUGUCUUCUCCAUCCAAUCAUUGUUUUUGGUGCUCUCUUUUUUAUUGCUAAGAAUGUGAUUGUCUGUGAGUGGUUGAGUUGGGGAAAGGAAGAAGCAUCAUGAAUUGGGGAGAAUGGGCCAAGUUGAAGGAGUGCGCGAGGGAGUUCAUGGUUGGUGUGGCGGAGAUGACGGUGGAGUUUGGAAAAGGGUGCAGAGACAUUGUGAAGCAGAGUUUUGUGAACGAUGACUCUUAUAUUAUCAGAAAUUUAGGAAGAGAUUCCUACAUUGGGAGGAGAGUGAGAGAACCCUGCGUUAAGCUUUUCUCCAAAUUGAGUUUCUUCAACGACUACUUACCAGAGGAUAAGGAUCCUCUUCACGCUUGGUUCGUCAUUUUCUUCGUUUCGCUACUUGCUUUUUUAGCUCUGUAUGCAAAUUUUGAGCGUGAUCCGUGUGGCUCUGCUCCUUUGGUGAAGCAAGUGUUUGUGCAUCCUCCUAGUGCUACUCGCGUAGUGCUUCCCGAUGGAAGACACAUGGCAUAUAAAGAGCGUGGUGUUUCUGCGGACAAAGCUAGAUUUUCAAUGAUUGCUCCUCAUAGUUUUCUUUCCUCUCGCCUUGCAGGAAUUCCCGGAGUUAAAGAUUCACUGCUGGAAGAGUUCGGCAUUCACUUGUUGACAUACGAUCUUCCUGGUUUUGGGGAGAGUGAUCCUCAUCCCAAACGGAAUCUGGAAUCGUCAGCAAUGGAUAUGGCGUUUUUAGCGGAUGCUCUUGGUCUGAACAAGUUUUGGGUCGUUGGUUACUCAAGUGGCAGCAUGCAUGCUUGGGCUGCACUCAGAUACAUUCCUGAUAGACUUGCAGGUGCAGCCAUGUUUGCUCCCAUGGUGAAUCCUUAUGAUCCUAUCAUGACAAAGGAAGAGAGGCGAAGAACUUGGAACAAAUGGACACGAAAAAGAAAAUUCAUGUACUUCUUGGCUCGGAGGUUUCCUAGACUUCUUGCUUUCUUCUAUCAGCGAAGCUUCUUGUCAGGAAAGCAUGGUCAGAUUGAUAGGUGGCUGUCAUUAUCUCUGGGGAAAAGGGAUAAAGCAUUGAUGGAAGAUCCAAUCUAUGAGGAAUUUUGGCAAAGGGAUGUGGAGGAAUCAAUCAGACAAAGAAAUGCGAAACCCUUUGUGGAGGAAGCUUCUUUGCAGGUCACAAAUUGGGGUUUCAGCCUUUCAGACCUUAAAUUGCAGAAGAGAAAACAGAGUAGUGAUGUGCUCAGUUGGCUCAAGUCAAUGUUCACUGAAAUUCAGGAAUAUACCGGAUUUCUUGGCCCUAUACAUAUAUGGCAAGGAAUGGAUGAUAAAGUGGUUCCCCCAUCAAUGACUGAUUUUGUGCACCGCGUACUACCUGGAGCUGCGGUACAUAAACUUCCAUAUGAAGGUCAUUUCACCUAUAUCUACUUUUGUGAUGAAUGCCACAGACAGAUAUUUACUACACUAUUUGGAACACCACAAGGCCCACUCAGCAUUUCUUUAGAAGUAGAUCAAACUACCCUAGGAGUCAACAUUGAAAAAGAAGCAGCAGUAAGCAAUGGUGAUUAUGCCACAAACUAGAAGUACACAUAACAAGAUAGAAAUGCUCUUUUCUUUUUUCCAUUUUUCUGAGAGAACAUCACAAUUUAUGAUGUAAAUACCUUAUAGUUUUGCUUCAUCGCCAAUGGAGCAGUAUAGGAAAGAAAAUAAAUUGUGUUUCUGCGCCUUUUGGGCUGUUGAACUGGCCUGUCCUACAAAUAUGUAUAUGGAGUCCUCCUUUACCCGACAGCUCCCACGAUCCCCAUUCCCCUUCCCAUCGUCGUAACUGAAAUACAAAAGCUUGCUUUUGGUAGUAAUCAGACAUGACAACAAUAUGAGUUCAUAUUUGAGUAGCAAACGAUGUAGUUUAAUUCAUAAAAUUUACUGUUUAUAAAUAAAAAAACCAGCUGUCACUUC